AUGUUUCAGCAUCGCAAAGUUCAAUAUUCAGGGGUCAAUAAAUUGCACGUAUUAGAGCAAGUGAUUUCUGAGCUUAGAAAAGAAAAAAAAACCUGCCUCGGUGACAAAACACCAAAAGAAGAAGAAGAAACACUGACGUAUUUCAAAAAAAUUUUCACGGAUCGCGUCAUUGAAAAAGAGUAA